UUUUUCACAGAAUGUAAUUCAAUUUUAAUCGAAUUACCGAAAACAAUCAAGAACAUGAUUAACCUUUUCAAUUUAUAUCUAUGAUGCCCAUCAUUAACAUUCAUCCAUUUAUUUAAAAAUUAUUACUCACUACUGCAAUUUGUUCGUUUGUCGCAUAACAACUUUUUAUUUGUCGCUGUGGGAGACGUUUAGUCAUCGGAUUGCCAUCAACCCAUAACGCGCUUUCAACUAAUUAAAUUUGACCCAAUAACCUAACAGCCCCAAUACAUCAGGAAGACACUUGAGGACUCAGUCGACCUAGUGCCAUCGGGGCAUAGCAUACUAAAUAUCCAAUUGUCGGAACAGUAGCAUGUUGCAUAAUAAGCUAGUCCAGUUGCUGAAUAUAAGUUAUUACCACAUGCUCAUCUAUGGAUUAAUGCCGACUACACUGCGAAACAGCAAAAGCUCCAGACUAAGGAUCUGCAAGGUGUCUUACGUAUACUUGAUAUACAGUUUUUGUAUCACGGUGUGUCUGUUUCUGCAGUUUCGGUAUAUGUUUCCGCCAGACUUCUUCGAGGGCUACAUGAAGAACAAUAUAAUACUACAGUGGAACAUGGUUGUAAAUGCCGGACUCCGAGUUCUUGUCAUCGUCAGCUGCUAUAGUCUUGUCUGGCUGCGUCGACAGCGGUUGGUUCGCCUUUACCUGGAGUUUCUGUUAUACUGGCGAAUGCAUUGGCCCAUUCUCAGACGGAUUGUUGGCGAUCAGACUCUUGACAACAUGCAACUCCAGCUGGCGAAUAUCUUCUUGCGACAAAUUUAUGUAAACUAUACGAUGUUGUGUUGCUCCAUCGUUAUACAAUACAAACUACUUGGCGGAAAGAAUAUUCUCCAGAUGCUUGUGAAGACAUUUCAAAUGCUGAUGUUGACAGCGAUUCGUCUGGGCUUCAGUUCGCUGCUUCUGCUGAUCACACAUCAGUUUGAGAGCGUGCAGUUGGCUCUGCUGGCGAUUCGCCAACGAGUAGGAUCCCGCAGUCUGGAAGAUUUGCGUCGGAUUGCCAACAUUCACACCAAGUGGCUGCAGCUGGCUCGAAAUGCAUUUGACAUCUAUGAUUUGAAUAUGGCUACCGUAUUUGUUAUCAUGUUUGCCGUCAAUGUCAAUAUACUCUAUCACGCAGUCCAAUAUGGUCAAGACAUAAACAAGUCAGAUUUGGGUGGCAUUAUUAUUGGUGAUGUUCUCAUCGUAACCAAUCUAUGGAAUACCGCAUUGGUGAUGAAUCUAAUAGAGCACACGUCUAAUUCUUGCAAUAACGCCGGACAAAUAUUAAGGCAGUUUACGGACGAUCGCCGGCUCAGUACAGAGUCACAGCUUGAGUUGGAUCUACUUAUGAAUCGCAUACGAAACAAUAAACUUGUCUUUCGAAUUUGCGGCUGUGUAGACAUGGACAGAGCUGCCUUUCUGAGCUAUAUGUCAUCAGUGCUGAACAAAGUAAUCAUUCUCAUGCAAUUUGAUUUAAACCGUAAACAAGAGCUGUCAUUACAACACGUCAAUAAUAAAACUUAAUUUUACGUU